GGAAACCCCUCCUUUCCAAUUACAUUGUAUACCGUAUUAUACAUACCGGUAGUCCAGCUAAAUUGCACAGAGGCCUUCCCGUAGCCACACACUCAACCACAUCGAGGCGAUGGCGGCACUUCGCGAGGCAAAGAAGCAGCUUUUCGCUGCGGCUGAAGCUGGCGACGUGGAGGCGCUCCGGCGCGCGCUGGCGGCCGGCGCGCCGCCCGACGGCCGCGACGGUGAGGGCCGCGGUGCGCUGCACCUGGCGGCGGCGGCGGGGUCGGCGGCGGCGGUGGCGGCGCUGCUGGCGGCGGGCGCGGACGCGGGCCUGACGCGGGAGGAGGACGGGCGCACGGCACUGCACAUCGCGGCGGAGGAGGGGCACCUGGAGGUGGUGGCUGCGCUGCUGUCGGGCGGCGCUCCGGCCAGUGCGGCGGACGCGCUGGACGGCAGCGGGCCGCUGCACUGCGCCGCGCACUUUGGGGAUGCGCCCAUCAUACGGGCGCUGCUGGCUGCCGGCGCCGACCCCACCGCCCGCACCUGCUCCGGCCUCACGCCGCUGCUGGUGGCGGCGGAGGGCUGCGGCUGCCGCUGGGUGGACCGGCCCGGCUGCGACUACCCGGCGGCGGUGGAGGCGCUGCUGGAGGCGGCGGGGAAGCAGGAGGCGGGGAAGCAAGAGGACGGGGGGAAGCAGGAGGACGGGGAGAAGCAGGAGGAGGGGGAGGCGGGGGAGGCAGGGGCUGCAGCGGGCGACUGUGGCGCCGGACAGCAGCAGCAGCAGCAGCAGCAGCAGCAGCAGGCGGCUGACGGCGCGGGCUCGGGCGCGGGCUGUGAGGUGGACGGCGGCGGCGAGGGCGCGGCGCACGCGGCGGUGCGGGCGGGCAAUGAGGCGGUGGUGGAGGCGCUGUGUCGGCGCGGCGCGGGCGGCGUGGCGGCGGCGGGGCGGCGCGGGCGGCUGACGGCGCUGCAUCUGGCGGCGGCGGCGGGGCAGUGCCGCAGCGUGGCGGCGCUGGCGGCGGCGGGCGCGCCGCUGGAGGCCAGGGAGGCGGAGGGCGGGCUGAGUCCGCUGGGGGCGGCGGUGCAGGCGCGGCAGCUGGGGGCGGCGGCGGCGCUGCUGGCGGCGGGGGCCGACCCCCUGGCCGCCGACAGCCGCGGCCUGACGCCGCUGCACACCGCGGCGGCGGCGGCAGAGCCCGACAUGCUGGCGGCGCUGCUGGCGGCGCUGCCACUGGAGCGGGCGGAGGAGGCGGCAGCGGCGGCGGAGGCGGCGGGCGGCGUGGCGGCGGCGGCGGAGAAGGGGAUGGGCGGCAUUGCGCGGCGUGUGGGUGUCAACUCCGACGCCAACGCCCAGCGCAUCACACCCCUGCACAUGGCGGCGGCGGCGGCGGCGGGUGAGGCGGGCGAGGCGGCGGCGGCGGCGGUGCGGGCGCUGCUGGCGGCGGGCGCGGACGCGGGCGCGGCGGACAGCGGUGGCAACACCCCGCUGCACGUGGCCGCAAGCAGGGGCAACGCCGAGGUGGUGGCGGCGCUGCUGGCGGCGGCCGCCUCCACGGGACUGGACGCAGCGCACGCGGCGGCGGCGGCGGCGCAGCUGGCGGGCAACCGCAACGCCGCCGGCUGCACCCCGCGGCAGCUGGCGGCGGCGGGCGGGCAUGCGGCGGUGGCGGCGCUGCUGCCCGCGCCCGCGCCUUGCGAGUGAGCGGGCGUGUGUGUGUGACUAGGAGAGAGGUGUGGGAUGUGCCACUGUACUGCUGGCGGCCGGCAGGUGCACAUUGGGGGUUUAUAGUAACGGUUCACAGUAAAUGCGGGCUACCCUAACACCAGCGCGCGUGCAACAGUAACGCCAGCGCGCGUGCACGCGAGCGAAUGAUUGAUACGGGGGUGGUGUGGAGCCGCGGCGCGGAGUGAUACACACACGUGUGGGCAGGUCGAUCCGGGGGUGGGCAGGCGCGCGCUGGCGGCCACACCGGCAGUCCGGCACAGGGGGGUGGGAUGGUGGGGUGGAAGCAGUUGCGGUAGGUCGUCGUGGUCGGCGCGCCCCAGGCGAGCAAGGCUCUGAAUGAAUGCAGCAGUGGCUUAAAGGGUCGACGAGGAUGAUGAUAUGUGAUGGUGCAGCACAUGGCCUCAUCUGUAUUAACACCCGCGUCACGUCCGGGCACUCUACGUCAGACUGUUGUAGUAUCGU